CCUCAUGGAAACCGGCCGUGCGGACGGGUCGGUAACGGUCACCCGGGAACAUAUGGCCCUGCGUGCGAUGUGACGCCUCCUGACCGACGCCGUCAUCGUUCUCGCUCACGUAUGAAAACACGCUCUCCCGUUGACAUUCCCGUCGAUCGUCCACUCGGUGCGCGCGUCCACCCUACCGGCCGGAAUAUACGCGGCGGAGGCCCCCACGAUUGGAAGACGCCGCACGUUAUUGCGCCGUUCACUUAGCUUAUGUACGUUAUAUGCGUCAGUGUCGAGAUUAGUAUACGGCGGAUAACUGGUCGGAAGAGGUGAGCGAUCGCUGGCGACAGGCGUUUGAAAAAUCUGCGAGAAUGAGCGACGACCAGACGAGCGAGCAGAGCCCGACUGCUGAGCUGUCGUCGAGCGACAUUGAAAAGCUAGAAGAGGCAAAAUUGAAAGCAAAGUUCCCGAAUGUAGCUGGUCGACCAUUUGGCGGUCAUUCCGCGUUUCUGCAGAAAAGGCUAGCCAAGGGGCAAAAAUAUUUUGAUUCCGGGGAUUAUCAAAUGGCAAAACAAAAAUCUACAGCUAAGCCAAAGCCAGCUGGUGUUCUGCCAACAGGCGACGCUAUACCGACACCAGAAACAGUACCACAGCGAAAAACGUCUAUUAUCCAACAAAAAUUUAAUACAUCGACAACGUCCUAAGAUCUGCUGAUUCCGUCACUUCUCAAAAUACAUUUUAUUAAUUUAGUCUUACGUUCAGAUGCCGGAGUAAUAUAUGGUGUGAUUAUGAAUAAUUGGUGGCUUAUAUGCUCGAGAACAUUUUCAGGAUCUUUCACGGGACAUUUUACAGCAUCAUAAAGUUCGGUGUCCUUAGGAAACCUAAUCAAUUUUUUUAGCUGCGCAUUCUUAAUACAGCGGCUGCAAUGUAAAAUAAAGCAGUGUUCUAUGCUACGUGCCACAGUGCUCUAUAUAAGUUUUAUAAAAUGUGGAAGUAAUCUAAGUAUCAGCUUGACUCUUCUCUCAAGUAUCAACUUGAUUCCUCUCAAUAACCAGUCAUUUAGAUAUCCUUAUUUUCGAAAUGGAUUCCAUUCUGAUUUGCAGUAAGGAGUUAAACAUAAAGAAAGUUGCACUGGUACUCGAGUUGCAUCGUUAGCCAGCAAUAAAUAUGCAUUUUAGGUGCACAUAUGUAAAAAUUUAUAUUGAGAAUGUGAGAUAAGUAAACGAAUAAUAAUAAUAAAUAUCUAAUAACAGGAAAGUUUAUCUUGGAUAUAUAAUUUGAGUAUGAUCCACUUGUGCAUGAUAAGAUUAAGGGUAAGAAAAUAUACAGAUCUGCAUUUCCAAAGCUGCUGUGAUGCGCUCUUAGUAAGACUAUUUUCUUAUGAAAAGCCGUAUUUACUGUAAAAAAAAUCUAUAGUGCGAACAUAAUUUUAAACAGAACUACAGUUUCGCUUAUUGUAAAUUACAUUUAGUAAUAUUAUAUAUUGCAAUUAUAAAAUC